CGUAGUUAGUGUGCGCCGGAAGCAGCUGUCUGGGGCUGUCAGGCACGUUGAUUGUGGGUGAUUUGCAGCCAUGUGUGAAGUAGAAGACGAUUACAUCGGGGAGCUGCGGGAAAGGGAGAAGGGGUGAGGAGAGACAAGGAUUCUGAAAGAAAUAAACUGCCCAUGUCUCAGUGCACCUAAAGCAGCCCUCUGUAUUUCUCUCAGUAUUAUUAAGAGUUUGAAUGCAGGUCAUGUUAUUCUAGUUUGGGGCUUGGCAGAUGUAGCUUGGUCCUAACAGAAGGACCCAAAAUAUAGACGGCACUCAAUGUUACCCUCCACUCUAUCCACACACAGUACAUCUAUAGCAAACUGAUCAACCACAACCCUUAACCUAUAAAGGACACAUGCUACGUGUGACAUGUCAGGAUUCCCUUUUAUUCCAGAAGUUUGGUCCUUAAGAGGUUCAAGACACUUCGGUCUUCUGAGGGUGUAAAGUAGCGCUUGCACCACUAACCAGGGAUUCCCAUUGUGUGUUUAGAUUCAGUCACUUCACAAUGCAUAGUUUGCUUAUUGUGGUCCUUAUCGUUUACUCACAUUUCAUUAUUUACCACAGGUCUUUCUCACCGAUUCUAAACUUUAUUAUAAAUGUUUUAGAUAUUUUAAAUCAUGAAAACCAUUAUCGAAAUGUAUAAUUGUUUUAAAAUGUGUGAUAUAUAUAUAUAUAUAUAUAGCAUACAUAAAAUCACCCAAAAAUCUUGCACUCGAGGACUUCACUGUUUUUAUGCCCGGUGCAACGUUAAGCAGACUAUCAACUGGACCGAAAAGACUGCUCUUCCUUGUUCUCUUCCUAUUAUUUAAAAAAAAUAAAAUAAAGUAAAAUAAGCCACUGAUAUAGCCUAUUGUAAUUGCUGUGCUUCUGUUAUUCAGGCUGGGUCAAAAAUGCAUGAAGUGCAAGGAAGGUUCUGCUGUUCUGAUCAUUCGAGUAGGAGAUGCCUUCUGCAAGUAAGAUCUUUACUGUUAUUUGUGGCGUCCUGCGUGGAUAAAAGUGUGUAGUUUUGCAGUUCUAGGUAACUUCUGGCUUCUGCAUUUUUUGCUGACACUGUCGUAGUUUAGCAGAAGAUAUGGUAUCAUAACAAAGGUUCUGAACUAAAUACAUAAUAUCCAAAGAUAACUUGCAUAUUGAUGGGCAGUAUACCAAAUGCGCUGCUUUGUACUAUGUACAUUUCAAAUGCAGCAGGAAGGAAAUAAGUUGUGAAUCCUGCAGCAUGUGAAUUCUACAUACUGAAUGGCAGAACCUUUCAUGUGAUGGCCAUGAAGCAAGAGAUUAUGACCUGGGGCUGUGGGAUGUCAUGAAGGCACACACUAAUGAGGAGGUUAUGUUUUCCGUUCCUGUAGUGCAAGGAUGGUGACUGCAACUGUGCAGUUACUUCCUGUAAUAAUGCACAGUUUUCCAAUAUGCAUUACAGUGGUCAGUAUGUUAGAUGAGUUUGUCUUAUAGUUAUUAACAAGAAUUAAAAUAAUUUAAAAAAUAGUCAAAUUACCUUACGAUAGAUAAAAGCGCCACUGUUCUGUUGAAGUUACCUUUCUCAUAUUGGUUCCUCUCGUCUUCCUCUCUCAGAAUCUGUUCUUUUCUUCCUUUCUGAUCUAGCUUUCUUUAAAACAUAAGAUAAAGUAGGGACUACUUUACCUUAUGUAUAUUUCCUACACCUGACAUUUUCUGACACGAGGAGCUUAAAUCCGCUUCAUUUACUUUGGUCAAAGAAUGUUUCCCCACAAUACUCACCCUUCCUCUGUGUUCUUGCAUGAACUCUAUUCGCCAUUCCCGAACGUCCUGCCAUUUAGAUCAGGAUGCCGGUGAAAUUAUCGCAUUUUGUCCUAACAGAAUGAGUACAGUUUGUGUUAGGAGAAAAUUCAAGUCCAUGUCUUGGCUGCAUCUUGCAGAAGUUUAGUAAAUUACCCCUUAAUAGCAACAAGGAUUUAGGGAGCCAUCUCCUAAUAAGCUGAAAGACCAAAAUUGGUCUUUCAGACAACUUUACCAAUACUAGGUAAAAAUUGCUUAGUAUUUGUAUGUAAGGGAGUUUAAAAUCUCCCUUCUGUUGUAAAAAAAAAAGACCUCCAGCCAACCCAUGAAGGGGACCCCUAUUCCACAGAGGGAGGUUACUAGGGGGUUUGGGACCAGGUUUCGCUUUAUUGGAUGGCUCACUGUUUAGUAUACAGGACGGCACUGCAAGUAGGGACAGAAGGGAGACUUUAACCUCCCUAAUGCCAAUAUGGAGGUCACAUUGACCCCCGUACAUUGGCGAAAGAAAGGGAAUUAUAGUGAAGUAGCCUCUCUCCCUUAUAAUCUCGCUAGACAGUCAGAAGAAAAUAAAUGGAAAAAAAUAAAAGUAAGGUGCUACUGAAGCAAAACCAUGCUUAGAAUGCUGGCUUGCUACACCCUGUGUUCAAGUGCCCUGUGAGGAAGAAAAACCCGACUCGCUUUUUUAGUGCACGGACGUGUGCACCUUCGUUGAUUAGCGAUCUGCCUCAGGUGAAGCACAGGUAUCAGCCACAGAUGGAGUCCAGUCCCCUAGUGCUGCAGACAAAGCCAGGAAUAACAAAGAUAGAACAUAUACAAAAGAACAGAAUCUGCUGUGGCUUAGUAGCAGACCCAGGAAACCUAAGGAUCCAGGUUCAUUUCCCUGUUGGGCACUUCUGGGGCGACCACGUCUGGCCAUUUGGAUGUCAUGGUGACAAGGCUGGAAUGGGCCACAAACUAUCGCCAAACAGCUUGCUGAGAAGGUGAUAAUAGUUGGUGCGAUUAUUCACAAAUAGAAGAAACACAAAAUAACUGCCAGUAUCCCUCAGUCUGGUGCUCCAUGCAAGAUCUCACCUAGUGGAGUUUCAAUGAUCAUAAGAAUGGUGAGGAAUCAGCCCAGGAGGAUCUUAUUAAUAAUCUCAAGGCAGCUGGGACAAUAGUCACCAAGAAAACAAUUGGUAACACACUACGCCGUGAAGGACUGAAAUCCUGCAGCGCCUUUUUUUUGUUAUUCUGUCUCUCACUGUUAAAAUACACCUACCAUUAAAAUUAUAGACUGAUAAUUUCUUUAUCAGUGGGCAAACAUUCAAAAUCAGCAGGAGAUCAAAUACUUUUUUCCCUCACGGUAGAUCCAGGCAAGAAAUAUAAAGGUAAAAAAAGUUGAAAUGUCUAGAGGCUUUUGGGGAAGACUAAGGGGAUAAUAAAAUGUAGUGAAGUAAGGAGGGUAGUUUAAAAUAAAAAAAUAGAUGCAGCCAUGAUAAUGCUGCUUGAAAAUUAUGCAAUGUAAAUCUAUACGUAUACAUUUUUGUGGUGUGUUCCAAUAUUUUGCAUAUAAAAUGUAUCCUCUGCUCAUUUCAUUUCAGAUCCUGCUUCAAAGAAUACUUUGUGCACAAGUUCCGGGCUAUGCUUGGCAAGAACAGAGUAGUAUAUCCAGGAGAGAAGGUACAGAGCUGGAUGAGAGGCAGAGGGCAUGGGGUUACUUUAGAGGUUGUGGUGAAUACAGCACAGCCUUAAAAAUAAUAAAUGAGUAGCAGAGCCAGAUUCACCAUAAUUGUCCCUGGGAAAUGAUGAGUAGUGACUAAGUGGUGCUGAGUGGUUCUUCCCCUGGAUUAGAACGUAUAAAAUGCAUGCUAAAAUUGUGAAAUGAAUGAAACUGCAAUAAACGGUGCAGAAAACAGGCACAAUGUUAAAACUUUGUGAUACAGUUGCAGCAAGUAGCACGUUCUAUGUUAUUUGGGGAAAAAUUAUGCUUUCAAAGGAACACAAAGUGUAUAAGGCAACUUUAUACUCUUUCAGGGUUAUUAACAAAACUCAGAAUUUUGUGAACGAAAGGAUUACACCAACCCUUUUUGUUUUUCUUUGAAAAUGCCCUAUUGGUCAUUAUUCUUUAGCCCCUCCCACCCCCAAAAAAGACUAUUAAAAAGGUUUUUAAGUCUUCACUUUCCUUAAGCCAUCACCAGGCAGAGUUCCGAGAGCUCCUUGGGACGUCACAGAAACCAGGCAGAUUUUCAGUCAAAGACUUCUCAUAGAGUAGGCUUUUGAUUGAACCAUUCAACUGGCUUAGAGCACAUGCACACACUCUGAGCCAGUGAAGGAAGAUGGAGUUGAGAAAAAAAAAAAGAUUAGGGAGCGGAUAGGAAAGAUGGAGGGAUGCAGUGAAUGAGGGAGGGGAGUCAUAAGAUUUUCUUUAUAGGUUCUACCUGCAAGGGAAAAGUAGAGACUGUCUGUCGCCAGCGUGCAGUGUGCAUUGAUGACAGAUGUAAAAUAUGCACAGAAUUGACAUUAGACAGCCAGGAAAAGAGUUCCAGGCUCCAAAAAUCACUUGUGAGUAGGUGUAAAUAGCCCCCCGCACAAAGUUGCUCCAACCAAACAUUUAAAUACAUAAAAUGAGUCUAUACAUCUCAUCAGUGAAUACCAUGAUUAUAUCCACAACAAUCAUAGAGUAUAUCUUGAUGGGUUUCUCUAAUAAAUCCUCACUGUUAGAACUGAUAGAGUAUAUGUAGGGUAUCAAUAUAUAUAUAUCAAUGUAGGGUAAUAACUGCUUGAUCCAAGGGUAAAUCUGACUGCCAUUCUGGGGUCAAGAAGGAUUUUUUUCCUAGCUUGUUGCAAAAUUGGAAGUGCUUCAAACUGGGUUUUUUGCCUUCUUUUGGAUCAACAGCAAAAAACAAAUGAGAGGUAGGCUGAACUUGAUGGACGCAAGUCUCUUUUCAGCUAUGUAACUAUGUAACUAUGAUAGAGUCCCAAUGAAGAAAAAUGUAAUUCCUGGACACUUUCUAUAAGACCCACUGGAAGGCUAGAAUUUCCGUGAGUAAAUGUUAAACUCUGUAUGUCUUUUUAUAAACCAUUGGUCUUCCACUCUGUAUCUCUCAGGUUCUCUUGGCAUAUUCAGGAGGUCCGUCGUCAAGUGCAAUGAUCCAACAGGUACAAGAGGUAAAGUGCCAAAUUCUUCAUUCCUAAAUUCUAGAUCACUGGUUACUAAUUAGACAACUAUUUUCCUUGAAAAGCUCUCAAUUAGCCUCUGUUAGGAUCUGUGUUUUUGUUUUUUUUUUAUUCCCCCAACACUAUAAUGGACAUUAGGUAACUUUCUGUUGCAGGGCUUGGGUCGAGAUGCUCCCAAAAAAUUACGUUUUGUCCCUGGGAUCAUCUUCAUUGAUGGUAAUUUUACCUUUCCCCCCUUAACAAGCAUUGCGUGUGGGGCUUUCGGUAAUGAUUGGGCAGUAACCACUUUGGUGUUUUCUGGUAAAUGCAGAAGGAGCAGUGUCUGGUCAGAGCUGGGAGGAACGAGAGGAAACCUUCUCCAACGUGCGGCAUGUUCUUGAAGACACCGGAUUUCCAUUUCACAUAGUGAGGCUGGAAGAGGUAAGAACUGUUUAUUAUCAAUGUGUUAUUAUUUUCAGAGAUCUCUAUUGUAAUGCUAAAGGAACAUUGCCAUAUGUGUUUAUGUUGUGUUGGUGUCUCUCCCAUCAUAUUUGUUGUUGUUGUUACAAGUGACAAGUCUGCACAAAGAAUGAAUGUAAAUCUGUAUUUAAUCUGUGCUUAACCUGUAAACCUGGCAGUAUCAUACUGCAUCUGUGUCUGCACUAUUUGCUGGGAAGGAGCUGAUUAGCAGUUGCAAAGUUCUCUGCACAGCGUCUGUUUACUCCUACUUUGUUGUGUAUUUUUCCCAUGCCUGACUAUUGUGACAAAAGGUUGUAGAUUAAGGCAAGCUGACAAAAAAGGAUGAAUCUUGCCUUAAACUUCGCCCUUUGUCACGAUAGCCAAAUACACAAGAUGAAAUAGUCCCUACUCUGUCUUGUGUUUUAAAGAGAAAUAGAUCAGGAAUGAAGUAAAGAAGAGGAAACAAUGGGAGUAAUAAAAGUUUGAGGUGGUGGAGCCACUUUAAGUAGUUGUGACACCAGACACCAGAUAUCUCUCUAUCUGUCUCUUGGCAACCACUUACUUUUUAGUUACCUGGAGAGUUCAUAAAUGGGCAUAUUUACAGAUGUAAACUAAAAUCCUUUGUCCAAGAAUAAAAUGUUCUCAUUAUGUUUACAAAUGAUUUGUCUUUUAAUAUACGAUUAUACCGCUAUUAGGUGCGAAGGACCAACAUGUCUUAUUUGCGUAAGUGAUUUAUACUGAUAUGAACAUUCUAAAUUAGUGUAAACUCGAUUCCUCUUUGGGAUGACCGUUUGUUUUGCGUCAUCGAGACUCUUACGGUUCUUUACGAUAGUGGGAAUUUUUGGCUAAUUCAAAAACAAUCUAAUGUUGGAAAUCCAUUUAAAUUCCAGACAAUUCACUUUCUAGUGAUUAAUUGGGUGUGGUUCACAAGUUCUUUAUUUAAUUUAUUUUUAUAUAUUAACAGAGCAGAUAGACUGAAGGAUCCAUGUAUAAUGUGGUUACACUGAUUGAAGGUCACUAUUAAGGGAUUUCUAUAGUAUCCAAUCCAUAAACCCUUGCUACAAUGUAAGCUCUGCUUCCAUGGGAAUAUGUUAGGAAUAGAGUCCCCUACAUCACGCUGUUGACAUUUCUAAUAAAACGCACUUAAAAUCAAAUACGUACUAAAAUAGUGCAAUGGAUGAAACUGCAAUAAAUGGUGCAUAAAACAGACAGAAUGUUAAAAUGUUGUCACUAGGGGGCGAGCUUUUCACAGACUCCAAGUGCAGAAAAUAAAUGUCAGUUUGGUGAGAUUGUGCUUACUGUAGAGCUGGGGUGUCCAAACAGUACACUUACAACUGCUAUUCAACCACACCUCUCACAAUGCUUUAUUUUUUUUAAAUUUAUUUUUUUGCUGGGUUCUACUUUCAGGCUAUCCCUACUGUAGACAAAAGGCAGCUAUCACUAUUGUAUCUGGGCAUGUGUGUCUCUGAUCUUGACUUUUGUAGUGAAUUGAGAAUGGAUUGCUAAAGUUACUGAUUUAAAGUUUUGAUCCAAUGAAAUAACUGCUUCCCACCCCUGUGUUUGUUAGAUUUGAAAAUUGCUUUAAAUUUGGUUAUUCACUUUCUUUUGGAUCAACUACAGCUUAACGUUUUUUUUUUUUGGUAAGCUUAACCCCUUAAGGACAGAUGACGUGUGACAUGUCAUGAUUCCCUUUUAUUCCAGAAGUUUGGUCCUUAAGGGGUUAAAUUUUGAUUUUUAAUGUCUGGUAAUAGCAGAAGACCUGUUUUUGGCGAAUACUCAUUUGUGCUAAUGUUCAUUUAAAAGCAGUAGGUUACUUUAAGUGGUUUGUAAUUGAAAUGUCUGUAAGUCGUGUUUUGAUUUUUGAAAUUUCCUGGUGGUAGUUUUAGGGGUUUCUAAACAUUCUGAUUGUUUAAUGAGGAUCUGUCCAGUUUUAUUAGCAUAGUUUUUUUUAGUUGGUUUAGUUGAGGUAUAUGGGUGUAUGCUAUGUGUGUCAAUGCACGGACCCAGUACACAAUUAAUAUUUCUGCUUACAAUGACGUGUCCUGGUUUCAUAGAAUGGAGUAUUUUGCUUGGUACUUUUACUUCUAGACUAACUAUUGUCUCCCUUUUAUUUGUGUGUUUACUGGAGAAGGAUAAUCCCAAUCCUUGUAGAUGAGGAUAUACCAUUGUAUUCACUUAAAAAGCAUAGCCCGUAUAAUAUUUGGGGGAUAAUGGCUUCACCUGUGACAUGCAUUUCUUGUAAAAAUAGUCUGCACGGAUGGGUAUUAUUUAAGCCAUUAACAUAAAUAAGAAACACGUAUGCCAUGGAUAAGUAGUAUCAUUUUAAUGUGGAACGCUGAUGUAUAUUAAAAACCACCAUCAGAUUCCAUACGGUAUAUUGGUAGAUAAAUAGCAGGAUAUUGUGAGUGAAAGCUGCAUCAUAUGCAUUCAGAUAUGUAAUCGGUCCUUAUCACAUUAGAGUGUUAAUCUGAAAAUGACUGUAGACACAUAAAGGAAUGGUUCGCGUUCUGCGGAUAUUUUCAAACAGCCAUUAACAUGACCCGUGCUCCAUGUUUGAGCCAUUCCAAUUGACUUUGGUAUGCUGGUAAAAGUUACAUGAGAGAGCUUUAGGACUCUUCUUAGAGCUGGAUGAACUUCGGUCCUAUUGUAAUAGAGAAACAACAGUCAUGAGAAGGCAAAGACAGGUCAAGUAAUAAACAGAGACGUCAGUUGGUGUAACUAGUCCUUGAACACAGCACUAAAUGAAAUGACACUGACCCAGUUUUCUUAUCUCCAUAUAGUAGCUGGUAGGGCAUCUGGAGGUGCAGUGCAAACAGUCUGUAUAACUGUAAUUAGAGUGGGACAUAAUGACUGACGGGAGUAAAAGCCAUGUUUACUUAACCCUGUUAUUCAAGUCCCUCUCUGUGUCAUCCCAUACAUUAAAGACAUGCGUGGCAUGUCAGUGAGUGAUAAAUCACCAAAGUGUCCGUGUAAAUGGCCCUCGUCUGCUUACACUGGGUGUCAUUUCACACUUGCCUUUGUGUUCAUAACAGUUUAACGUGUUUCUCAAACACGUUUCUAAAAGAUGGUGACACAGGAUUUCUGGUGUUUUGCUUUCUGAACAUUUGUAGCUCAUUCUUUUUGCCUCCUGCCAGCAUUAAAUCGGUAAAACCCUUCUGGAGUCUGCGUAGUCUGGGACUUUGCUUUUUUCCCAGAGCGUUAGUGUAGUGAGAGUGAGAGUUUCUUUGUAAAAGGUUCCGUUCGGAAGUGUGCUUUAUAAAUCACACUGGGACUGUCAUCUGUGCAUUCUUCCAGUCACUGGCCAUAGCUUGCAUUCCAGCUCUAACUUGACUGGCUGUUUGAAAACUGUGAAUUUUGUUUCUGUCUCUGCAACUCUUCCCACGUGCCUUCUAUUAAAUGCUGUAUACAGAAAAAGGAUAGGGGGCACUCCCAAGACCUGCAUUUUGUAUGAAAGGUGCUGCCGCAGUGACCAAACUUCAUACAUAAAACAAUAAAUAGUUGCAGCGCACUCAGACUACAAAACAAUAUAUAAUACAAAGAAGGCUACUAAAAUGCCUAUCUGAGAAUAAAUAUGGGGAUUUAGUUCCACCGUAUGGCCAUAGUGGUGGGCUUAACAACAUAUGGCCAUAUGGUGGAACUAAAUCCCCAUAUUUAUUCUCAGAUAGGCAUUUUAGUAGCCUUCUUUGUAUUAUAUAUUGUUUUGUAGUCUGAGUGCGCUGCAACUAUUUAUUGUUUUCUAUUAAAUGCUGGGCUUAUUGCACUAGUAAUAGGCAAAUAAAGAAAGUCACAUGGGUUUUAGCCCUGUAUUUGAACAUCCAAGAUUUAUCUUGUAAGACACACACCAUUAAUUUGUAUUUCUCUCCUUUGUUUCCUGGCUGCAGGUUUUCUUGUUGCCGCAUUCUGUAUUGCAGAGAAAUCUCUCUGAAUCCACUCCACAAAAGCAGAACUACAAGCAGGCAGUGGGUCAUUAUAUGGAACAGGAGGAUUCACAGCGACGCGUCGUGGAUGAGCUGGCACAACUCAGUACUGCAGAUCCUACAUCACCAAGGGCUAGUGACUUGUUGCCAAAUAGCAGUUCCCCUGCAAGGUUCACAGAGCAACUGGUCCAGCUCUUCACCUCCGUCAAAACGCUAACAGCAAAACAGGAGCUGCUCCACACCCUGCGGUAAGGCUGCCCUGUCAUUAUGCCAAGUGUGAGUGUGUGACCUAUUUUGGUUACAGAGCGAUUUCUUUUUUUUUUUAUUAUUAUUUUUUUUUUUUUAACCUUUAGCAAUCUGCAGGAUAUGUUUAUCUCGCACCCUUUGCGCUUUCUUUUAGUUAAAAGUAACAAGCAAUGUGUAGGUUAGGUUAGUUUAGGCUGGGUUUUCUCAAAAAAAAAUUUUGUCACCAUAAAAAUGCCGCAUCUCCCUUCCUGGAGCAAAAUCCCAUCGUUACAUGUAGCUGUAUUAUUCCGAGACACAUUAUGGGGGUUGUAGUUCAGCCGGCCACUUAAUACUGUAGAAAUAUCCACAUAUAUGCUACCAUAGAAAAAUAUUAGAGAACCAGGUUUGGCUGAACCACUCCUAGUUUGAUUAAAACAUUCUGCAAAAACUGCAAAUCUUAAUUGGCAAAGUAAAAGAAAAAAAAAAAGAAAAUAUAUAUAUUUUUUUUCAUUAUUUAAUGCAUUAUCUACACAAUAUAUUGCAAGAAAAGAUAAACUUAAACCCGGAGUGUAAAUUUAUGUUACUGAAAUAUGUCUGUGUAUUUACGAGCAAACAUUGAAUUAUCUGUAAAUUGACACAUGCUUUGCAAUUAUCAAUAAUGAAUUGCUCGUAUUAAUGUAUACAUUGCCACAUCUUUUCCUUAUACCUUAUUAUUAUUUGACACAUGGUUGCUGUGCAGAGCCUCUUUGCCAGCCUCACAUUUCCUACAGCCCAUCCUAUCAUUUCCAUAGUCUACGCCACAUAGUCACCCAAUGCUCGUUAUCAGAACAGACCCCGUAAAACAUCACAGUCCGUGUCCAGUGCAGUGAAGAAAGUGGUCUGUUUGCUUUACAUCCCUAUUCAUGUUAUUAAUCCUUCACUCCUUUACAUGAGCUGAGAGAAGACAAGGCAGGCAAUUCUAACCCUGUUUUAACAAACACUGGGUCCUGGGGAUACCCACUUUGUUUAUUUAUAUUUUUUAUAUACAUUUUUAUUUAUUUAUUGAAACAACCCUUGUGGCAGCUUGAUUUUUAUAAUUUUAAAUAUAAGCUGAAAUCUGCAGACCUGCCCCUUAAUUCUUUGAGAUUGUCUAAUUUCGGGCAGUGGUUUGGACUUUAGACAUUUACAUUUUUUUUUUUUUAAACCUUUAAAAUAAUAUAGGUUGAUUCAUCAGACAUCAAUGUAACCAUAUGGAAUAUGCAGAUAUUGAAGGAGCAGCCAUAUUUCAAAACAAAUGCCACUUUUGAAGGUCCAGUUACGAGUUUUGAUUCUAACCCUCAUGACUGACAGAUGGUUAGGAACCAGUUAACCAUAUUUAAAAGCUAGGGGAGAGAUAUGCCUCUAUAAAGAAAUCCAAAAGAUGGCGGCAAUAAGAUUUUUAGGAGUCUUUGUCAGUUGGUUAGUAGAAAAGGGCCCUUAUGUAGUCUUCUCUCUUUUCAUAGGCUGUUAUAUAUGAGCCUGCUCUGCGAUUGCCAAUGCCUAGUCUCAUGAUAUCUACCCCUCCCACAGGAAUCAUUUAAUACUACACACGGCACGGAGCUAUGGUUACUCCAAGAUAAUGAGUGGCGAGAGCUGCACGCGCCUUGCUGUCAAUCUUCUCAGCAACAUCUCCCUUGGGAGGGGUGCAUUUUUGCCGAUGGAUACGGUAUGGACUUAAUCAAGAUUUCCUCUUUACUUGUCAUUGCUAACCUGAUACAACCUUUAUUGAGGUUAUCCACUGAGACUUGAAGAAUAGAGAUUUCACAUACAGCAUAGGAAAUGGCUAUUUACAUUAAGAAUGUAAAAUUCCCAAGUAGGUUGAUUUCUCAGAUUAUGAGUUGAGAUGUUUAAAAAGAAAAAAAAAACUCAGUAUGCUUUUAUUUUAUUAUAUAGAGAUAUUAAAGAUCAUAUGCAUGUUAAUCCAAUUAGAACCACUGUCAGAGUAAAGAUGCAAAACGUUCCCAUUAUGUGACACAGGUUUUCCACCUUCUUUGGGGAUUAACUGCAUAAGGGUAAAAUGUUUGAAAGUGUGUGUAAAUGUAAAUUAGGAAUCUACCGAUUAUUGACUCAGCCGAUUUAUUAGAGCUUAUAUUCAGUAUUUUUCUAAUAAUCAGCACCAAUCUCAAUCCUCUGUCCGACGUCAGCUGGAGUAACCCUUUAGUAUAAUUAUAAAAGUUAAAAUCACCUUUGUUAAAGUCUUCCUAUUGUUAAAGGGCUCUCCACUUGGCUGGGCUUUGGAUGAACAUGAUCAUAUUCCAACCAAUAUGCACCCACUUAAAAUAGCAUGGGGACCCAGUAUUGAUUCCGAGCUUGGAAUUGAGAACCACAUAAUCCAUUCCAUUAUCUCUUCUUUCCCCAAGGGGUUUUCAGACAGCCGCUAUGGAGAUGUUCUGUUUAUUCGUCCCAUGAGAGAAUAUUCCGUGAAAGAAAUUUCCUUCUAUAACCGGUUGUUUAAUGUCCCAUCCAUCUUUAUAAAAACGCUGGACACGAAGGUACAACGCAGGCUUCUUCAUUCUCUUUGCUAGUUUAUUUUUUGUUUUUGUUCCUGCUCUGUCUUUAGUUAUUUACUGCAUCUCGUUCCUGCUCUGUUUGUACUUAUUGACUGCAUCUCGUUCCUGCUCUGUCUGUACUCAUUGACUGCAUCUCGUUUCUGCUCGGUCUGUACUUACUGAUUGUUUCUUAUUCUCGCUCUGUCUGUACUUACUGUUUCUCUGUCUGUACUUAUCGCCUGUACCUUGUUCCGGCUUACUGAUGGUUCCUUAUUUUAACUCUUGUUUGUUCGUUCUUAUUGUUGCUCUGUCUGUACUUACUCAGUUUUUCAUUCCUACUCUUCCUGUUCUUGCUGACUUUCUCUUUCUGCUCUGUCUGUAUUUACUGACUAUUUUUCGUUUCUGUUCUGUCUGUAUUUACGGUUCCCUGUCCCUGCUCUGUCUGUACUUGCCGUUUCUUGUCCCUGCUCUGUCUGUAUUUACUGUCUGUUUCUUGUUCCUGCUCUGUCUGUAUAUACUGGCUGUUUCUCGUUCUGAUCUGUCUGUACUUACCAAUGGUUUUUAGUUCCUGCUCUGUCUGUACUUACUGACAGGGCCGUCUUUAACGCGGGGCAAACGGGGCAGCUGCCCCGGGCCCAGUUUCUUUUGGGGGGCCCGAGGCACCUGCCCCGUGGGCCCCGCUGAUACCCGGAAGGCGGGUGGCCGGUCGGGCAGGAAAGCGGGCACGCGAGGGAGCACUCAGUGCUUCCUCUUCAGCUCCCUCGCGCACCGCACUGAUACCGGAGCCGGAAGAUGACGUCAUCUUCCGGCGCCGGCAUCCCUACGCGGCGCGCGAGGGAGCUGAAGAGGAAGCAGUGAGUGCUCCCUCGCGCGCCCGCCUUCCUGCCCGACCGGCCACCCGCCCAGGAGCCCAGCAGCACCACUGGACCCCAGGGAAUCCCCCAGCACUCCAAAAGGUAAGGAGGCUGGGGGGAUUACAUUUUAAAAAAAAAUGUGUGUUUGUGUGUGUUAGUGUUUGUGUGUUAGUGUGUGUGUUUGUGUGUGUUAGUGUAUGUGUUUGUGUGUUAGUGUAUGUGUGUGUUAGUGUAUGUAUGUGUGUGUUUAUGUGUGUUAGUGUGUGUGUUAGUGUGUGUGUAUGUGUGUUAGUGUGUGUGUUUGUGUGUUAGUGUAUCUGUGUGUUAGUGUGUGUGUGUGUUAGUGUAUGUGUGUGUGUCAGCAUGUGUGUGUGUGUGUCAGUAUGUCUGUCUGUCUGUGUGUCAGUAUAUAUGUGUGUGUAUAUCUGUGUGUGUCAGUAUGUGUAUGUGUCAGUAUGUCUGUCAGUGCGUCAGUAUGUCUGUUAGUGCAUGUGUAUGCAUGUGUCAGUAUAUCUGUCUGUGUGCCAGUAUGUCGGUGUGUGUGUGUGUAUGUCAGUAUAUCAGUCUGUGUGUGUCAGUGUAUGUGCCUGUGUGUGUGUGUCAGUAUUUCUCAGUGUAUGUGGGUGUCAGUAUAUCUGUCAGUGUGUGGGUGUCAGUAUUUCUGUCAGUGUAUGUGUGUCAGUAUGUUGAUCAGUGUAUGUGUCUGUGUGUCAGUAUGUCGGUAUAUGUGUCUGUGUGUCAGUAUGUCUGUAUAUGUGCCUGUGUCAGUAUGUCUGUCAGUACGUCUACCAGUGUAUGUGUCUGUGUGUGUGUCAAUAUAUGUACCUGUCAGUGUGUCUGUCAGUGUAUGUGCCUGUUUAUCUGUAUGUAGUCAGUGUAUGUAUCUGUGUAUCUGCUUGUGCGUCAGAGUGUGUACCUGUGCAUCUGAGCCGCAACUUUAAAUACAAAUACACCCCUCCAUUCAAACUUCAACACUACAUAUAAAACACACUCCUGCAUUGAAACGUCAACACUACAUACAAGCACACUCCUACAUUCAAAAACAAACACUACACAUAAAUGCACACUUGCAUUCAAACUCCAGUACCACAUACAAACACAUUCACACAAACAUACUCCAUACAAACACAUGCUUACAUUCAAACAUACUAACAUGGCUCAGUGCUAAAUACAACCCUGCAAGCAUGGGAAAUUGGUAGAGUCCCAGCUGUCAAAGCAUUGUUGGAGUUGCACGACAGAUGGGGUUCUACCUUUAGUCCAACCUUGCAAUUGGGGUCCCAAUAAAAUUCAUUCUACUUUAGUACCGCCACUGCGUUGGGAUGGAUGCCGUGAUUGCAUACCAGGGAGUGAGGGGCGAGAGCGGCAGGGCAGAGGGGGCCCAAGCAAACACUUGCCCAGGGUCCAUUCGUUAUUAAAGACGGCCCUGGUUCUUAUUGUUGCUAUUUCUGCUCUGUCUGUACUUAGUUUUUCAUUCUUAUUCUGCCUGUACUUACUGACUUUCUCUUUCUGCUCUGUCUGUUCUUACUGACGGUUUCUCGUUCCUGUUCUGUCUGUAUUUAAGGUUUCCUGUCCCUGCUUUGUCUGUACUUGCUGUUUCUUGUCCCUGCUCUCUGUACUUACUGUUUCUUGCUCCUGCUCUGUCUGUACUUACUGACAGUUUCUCAUUCUCGCUUUGUCUGUACUUACAGGCGGUUUCUCGUUAUGCUCUGUAUGUGCUUACUGAUGGUUUCUCGUUCCCCACUGCCUGCACUUAAUGACUGUCUUGUUUCCACUUCGUCUCUAUUUACUGAUCAUCUCUCGUUCCUGCUGUGUAUGACCUGACAGGCCCUUGAGAAUAGCAGCAUUCAGCGGCUGACUGAAACCUUUAUCACCAAACUACAGGCAGAUUUUCCAUCCACAGUCAGCACAGUGUACAGGUAAGAAAUGCCCCAUAUACCAAGAGGGAUAUUAAAGGGUUACACCAAGCACCAUAACCACUUUAGUGUUUUGAAGUGGCUAUGGUACUUGGAGUCUGCAAAUGCUGCACAUACAGAGAGGGAGCACAUUGUUGCUGGAGCAGUAAACCAUGCCAGCAGGAUCAUUAGACAGUCCAGGACGAGAGUGCUGAGCUGUCUAGUGUUAAAUCUGUGAAUAGGUUUGCAGUCUGCCACAGGGAUUCCCCAGCAAUGGAAGUCUCAUGGCUGCUGGCAGGUCUAUCUGGUUCGUGUUCCUGUCUCAUGCGAGGUUUUUGAAAUCCCGUACAGAUUAGCUCUGCGAUCCAACACAUUUAACACUUGGGUAUUAUGUCCUUUAAUCCUGCUGAAUCAUUUUAUUUAAUAUUUUUAUUUUAGAACCAGUGAGAAAUUGAAUACAUGCACUGCAGAAAACAGGAAAGAUGGCAUUCUACAGGAACAAUGUCUUUUAUGCCUGUGCCCAUUAGACACACAUUCUGGUAAGGCAUUCACAUAUUUCAUAUGUGUAUUAAGGAUAUAUAUGUAUGAUGUUGGAGGUUUUCUCUGUUUGUGUUUUUAGCAGUUUAUUAUUAUUUUUUUUACUGUUUGAUUAUUAUAAUUAAAUACUGAAAAAAAGGUGCGCUAUACCUUUAAAUUUAUAGUGCACUGUGCAAAAGGUUCACAUAAAUACACUAAAGCAAACGUUUGGGAACUAUAUAUUUGUGCAAACUUGCAAAUAAAGUGCUUUGUGAAAGAAUCAAUAUAAAAAUAACGUACAACAUCAUCAAUCUCCCUUAGACCUACACAUGGAAUGAAGAUUAGUACAUGUAACAAGAAAAUAAAAAGAGAAACCUAGCAUCAUACAGUAUAAACUGGGUAAAGGGAAAAAUUAAUGGGAAUAAAACUCUCAAAGAAGGAGCAGUGAAAGUCUGCUCUAACUAUACCAGCUUGUCAUCCACAACAUGGGACUCAAUGGCAGUAAAUGCAGCAGGACGCCGGCUCAAUAAAACGAACUUCCUUUAAAACACAGCUUCCAUAUUCCCAUUGAAGGCCAAUAUCCCAUCAGGUGCUUAUUGAAGACAAAAUAAUACCCGCAAGCAAAGUCAGCUGUAUCCAAUUUUCGGCACCGUGGGAGGCACUUCCGGGUUCUAGGAGCUUCGUGCAGUCACGUGGUGGCGUAAUGACGUAUUUCGCCUGGGCGGCUUUCUCAGAUCACCAGAUAUUAUAAUUAAAUAGUAAAGAAAGUUGUGAUAAGAGUAAAACAUGAUAAAACAAUAAUAUAAUGCUGAAUAUAGUCUGCACGCUCUUCAAGAGUGUAUGUUACGGGUUUUCCCAGAAUGUCUUUGUGGAUGUGAAAAUAAACAAGGAGACAGGAAGGUAACGGUGAUAAAUAGCUAUGUAGAUUAAUCACAGUGUGAUCUUAUUUUGUGCCAGAUAGUGGUUUUUGUGUCUCUGUGUUGGGGGGAAAGGGGCACACCUGACAAAAGGUAUUCUUCCCUUAAUUAAUUGUAGCAAUCUCUUCCUCUCAUUAUAGACCGAGCUUCGGCAUAUCAAGCUACCAAAGUAUCGCAAAACCUUUCUCAGAGGAUGAAACAGAACUGUGCUGUUCCUGCAAAGGACUCUGGGAAACUAUGCUGUAAGCAAGGACAAUGUUGCGAGAAGACAGAAAACAAACCCACCCUAAGGUGAGAAUGUAACAGAAGCCACAAUUGUGUGCAGAAACACAGCUAGUUCCCAAAACUCUAUAUUACAACUUAAACUGGAGUGACACAUUUUAGUGUUUACAUGUUUGGCCUGGGGCUUUAGAUGUUACUAUAACCUUAAUGAAAGAUUACUAUUUUAUCAAACCUUGGAACUAUGAAAGGUUAAAUAGUUAGGAAUCGAACUGAGGAUAUAGAUCUUAGAAUGUUUGUCGGUCUGCAUUAAAUUCUGAGCCACCACAAGUCUGUUCAGUUAGAAAUAAAUGUUUUCCAUUUUAUUCAGUACCAGUAACAUUGUAACGGACACCCUGGUACUGUUGAUGGUGGCCCUGAUGCAUUUCCUGGCCCAGUUUAUAAACUAUUACAAGCAAUAGCGGACGCUUUUUUUUUUUUUUUCCUUUCUUCAUUUUAGUAAGGUCAGCAAUAAACCCACGAUAACUUAUUUAUAUUUCACAGGGCUGCAGGAAUAGUCCAUAUCCUGUGCUAUAGCUGUCAAGUGACAAUGAAGGACCUGGUAAGUUGAAUCUCAUUAUUUGAAGGGAUAAACACUGAAUUAUCUUCGUAUUCAGAGAUGUGGAAUUUAUACUGCCCGAUGCCCAGGACAUGCAGUUUUUAUUCUUUUAGCCCUGUCACAGGCAAGCCUCUGGGCUGUCAUGGGGAUUACUUGGUGCCUGGCAGGAGUACUGGGACGCCAUGUCUGUAGUUGGAUGAUAUCUGCAUGAUAUCAUUAGCAAAUAGCACUGUCAAUGCCCGGGGCUUUUGGCAGUGGCCCCAAUCUUUUUAAUUGAAAUUAUUUUGUCAGAAGAAGUAGAUUGUCAUGACAGGCAAGUAGAUUUUUUUUUCUCUCUCUCCCUCUCCCCCUCUUUCCGACAACAAGCAUUGAAGACCAUUUUUAUUUAUUCCAUUAGUUCUGAUUUUGCUCUGGAUUUCUCUUGCGAUGUAGAGUGUAAUAUGGAAUAGUAUAGGAAGAAAGAGAACUAGAGUGCAGACUGUUUUGGUAAUUCCAAAAUCACAUUUUAUUGCACUUGUAUAAAUACCCAUCCAUCCACCAAGUGGAUGCCAACAAGCUGGUGCUGCAAUCUAAUUUCUUUGUCCUCCCCGUCCUUUAUUCCAAAUAAGCAGGGGCAAUAAAAUCACUACAGUAAAAAAAAUAAAGUGUCUGCCAUCUCUCUCACUCACCAUUUACAUGCUCUUAGUUCCAUUCAGAUUACACUGUCUGCCCAAUACAUGAACUAGAUUCAGUAGAGGUAUUGGCAUACUAAUAGUUCAUUAACUCUCAGUAGGAAGUGGUGUCUGGACUGUCCCACCUCUCAACUACUACCUGAGCAAGUAUUGAGAGCAGCAGUUAAAAUUGUGUUUUUUUUUUUCCCUGCAGGAAUCUGUGGAUCACUUACCCCAGUAUAUACACCAUGAGGCUGAACACAGGACUCGCAGGUAAGUAACCUACCCAGUCAGUUCAGAGCCAUAGAACUGAAACUGGCUGUAUUUGCAUUUCUAAGGAUAUCCAUACCUUUUUAGCAGCUGAACUAGUUUUAAUGUGGUUGUCAAUAAGCGUUCCAGACCAGCUAAUGUCAAUUCUGUGCAGCCAAGGAGACAGAGCACUCAGUGGGGUAAGAGAGUAAAUGGUUUGCCCCAUUACAGGGGGAACGGUGUCAGUGUACUCCUAGCACCAUACAGCAGGCUCUAGUGGUUAUGGUGCUUGGAGUAACUCUUUAAUGGAAAAGGCUUUUGUAUAAAGAAUACACAUUUAUAUAAGAGUUUGGUUCUCUCUCUCCAUUAAACAGAAUAGUGUAGUGAAUUCAAAACUGAAUUGCAAGCUUUAGCCUAAAGUGCUGAUUGGGGGGAAAAAACUUAAACUCGGUUAACAGCUUAAAUAUUUUAGCCUAAAUACUGCAGUCUGGUUUCAUUUUGCUGAUAGAAUCCUCACAUGGCUUUAUUCACUAAUUCCUGAAAAUACUGGUUUUGGUUUCUUUUACAGGAGGGCAUGUGUGUAUAGUGUUACCCACUUCUAAAUAGUGUCUUAAUCAUGGUUUAUUGGAGGGGGCAGUGUUAUCACAUGCAUAGUGUAAGCAAUCAAAUAGUAUCCUCUGGUCUACUUUAGGGUUAUCCAAAUGUACCUCCAACUCCCAUGAUCCUUUGAGCAUCAAAACCAAAAUGGCUGGGCAAGAUUUAUUUUAGAACUGUUGGUCCAGUAUAUGAAUAUCUUGGUGUAGGACUGCAGCUAGUAUUUAAACUUGCUGUGUUUUUAUAACAUGAUAGAGAAUUUCCAUUCUGAAUUCAUAUUUAUAUUAAAUGUAUAAGUUGACACAUUAACGUUUGUUGGUGGAUAGUUGUAAUGUCAUUGUCUAAAGAACAUGGAGCAUAUUUUUUUUUUUCUGGUUUGGCAUGUUUUAGGUUUGCGCCACAACAUAAAAUAAAAUUAAAUGUAAAGCUUCAUACUCUAUUACCUAAGACGGUGGUAGGCAACCUUCGGCACUCAAGAUGUUUUAGACUACAUCUCCCAAAAUGCUCUUACAGCCACAAUGCUGGCAAAGCAUCAAGGGAGAUGUAGUCCAACAUCUGGGGUGCCGAAGGUUGCUUAUCCCUGAAAGAUAAACCUAGUUUUGGCCCCAUCACAUAAAGGUGCAGGUUAGUGGUUCUCAGUAUGGACUUUAGGGAUUAACCAGUUAUGUCUAAGGUGUUUUUUUCAUCAUCUUCUAAAGACACCUUAGACAUAACUGGGUAAUCCCCAAACCCUGGUCUUAAGGACUAGUUUGGGUAUUGAUGUCCAUCAGUUAACAUAGUAUCAAGCCCAUAAAUGAUGUGAUGCCAGUAUUGCCAAUUGCCUGCCAGAGGUUUAUGGGUGCUGUAGCUAAUUAUUCUAGGCAAUAGAAAGGCACUUUUUUUCCCCCAUUUCCAAAUCCAAGACCUCAUGUCAGAACUAGUCCUUAACUAGUCCUUCUGUUUAAUCCAGCGUUUCCAUCAUGACUUCUUUUUGUCUGUGGGCGCUGAUUAAGAGACUGGUAGUCUGUUUUAUUCAGCUUUUAAGAUCAAACUGGUUAUGGAUACAGUCUCUUUGGUACUUGCAAUGUUUCUUACUAUAAAGUGGAAUGCAUUUGUUUGAUCCAGACCAACUUCUCUAUUUUUCAUUAGGUGUGAGAUGAGGAAGGAAAUACAGGAGUUCCUGCUUGAUGAUGGCUCUGAUGAUGCAUGAACUCAGUUGCCACCAUCUCCAUCCACAGCAUCAAGGACUAGAGAGCAGCAAGACUUUUCAAUAACAGAUCACGUUCUAGCAUGAGGCUGGAAGAGCAGUGAUCCUGUGUUUUCUGUGGUGAAGAACCAUCACAUUUUACUACAUCAAAUACGGUAAUAACCAUGUAGAGGGCACUGCCUCAUUAAUAGAGCACAGGCUACCACGAUUCUUUGUAAGCGUGGGAACCAAUGGACGUUUGAGCUCAUUUGCAUCAUAUGCCAGGUUAGUGCCUUUGCAGAGGCAUUAAAUGGUGGCUUCCACCAUAAUCUCCUCUAGCAAGUCUUAACAUUAUUUCCCAGGGUAAAAAAACAGUUCCAAUUCUCUUUUUAGAGUUAUCACACUACUACCUUGGAUAUUAUCAAUGUCUCCAAAUUUUAUGUUUUAUUUAUAACUAAAUACUUUUGAACUCUUUUAGUGAAUCAGGAACCACAAAAUAAAGUCUUUUUUUAAUCUGUAUGUGCACAUUGUGUCUUUUAUUAAUUUUAUGGAUGCUAAAUUUAAACACUUUUCAUAUGCUAGCACACGGGUGCCCAGGCUAGUGUAGAACUGCAAAGCAUUGUGGGAGCUUACAGCUCUACAAUAACUGGGAAAGCAUGUUACAAUACUAUCAGGGUUAUUUACUAAUGUCAGAAUUCAACUCAAAUUUCAAGUUUAAGGUGAAAAUAUUCUCCAACCUUGGCCUUAAAGUUGUAAUUCACAUUUCAGUGAAUACUGUACACUAACUCGGAAACACAUCUUUUGUAUUAAAUGCAAAAUUCCACUUUUUCACUGAAGCCAUUUUUAAUAGUAAAAACAAAAAUUGUGAUAAUCUCAUUUCUUUUGGUUUUGUUCAGAAAAUAGGUUAAUGAGAUGUGUCAAACACAAGUCCUGCCCUGCAGUAGUGCACAGUGGAAACUCUAGUCUUUGGUACAGUAAUCAGAAAACACAGAUUAGGAAGAUAAUUAUUGCUCUUAGAUCCAGGCUGCUGCCCGCACACAGUUAUUCCUCCACACUGACAGUGUGUAAAGUUGCUGAUGUAACAGUAAUAUAAAUAUUAGCUUGUCCAGAACAAGUCUUUCUAGAACCUCCUUACACGGAGAAUAAGGUCGGCACUAUUCAAACGUCCGUAAUGGUCAUAAACAUAUUAAAAAUGUCUUUAUUUUGCCAGAUGCUGGACCUUCCAACACUGAGCAGCAUAUAAAUAUCUAGUGAUGGUGUCUAGCAGUAUUCAAGACAAAAGGUUCCUUCUGAUCAGCUGGUGGUAGUGCUUUUAUGAAGACCAGCGACACAGAUUUAAAUGAUAAUCUCUCACCACGAAGAGCUGUGAUAGAAAAAACAGCGGCAUCGUACAUCCUUCUCGUAACUGCGGAUCAGUAGUGUCUUGACUUCCUUCUGGAGUUUAUAAAUUGUAGUAUUAAAAUUACGGUCCGCAACUUGCUCCUCUUUCAGGACCAUUACUUCAGGUACUUCCAGCAUUUAAAACAAUUCCCGUACAUUGUCUAUAUAGUUUCCAUUAGUCUUUCUCUAUAGUCCAUUUGAUCAUGGUUUCUGGCGAUCGGUACAAGAAGAUGAGUUUGGCAUAGAGUUCUUCUUCUAAGGCCAACUCUCCGCGUUCUCUCACCACAUAGAUAUCUUGGCACAGCUUGAGAAUCCGAUCUACGCACGGCAACUCCUCGAACAUAAUAGAGUGAGAGAUCUCGCUGAAGAAGCCACGUACAAACUUCCCAAUCACCAGCACAAUGGAGACGUACAGGCCCAUAAUCCUGUGUGAGACAAGAAGCAGCGUUACUAAACUAGAACUUCAACAAAAUUACUCAACUUUUCCUUUAAAAUGCAAAACUAGUGAACUCAGUAUGGAAGUUUCUGAAACGUACAAAUGUGACUCAUGUUAUGUUGAG